GUUUUUUUUCCAUAUAUUCUGAUGCUCGGAAAAUGUCGUCAAAUAAGUUAUUCUUAUCCAAGUACUUAUACAGUACAAGUUCCGAGAGGACCGGAUGUCCAUGUCAUAUUUGGAAGUAAAGUGUUGCUAGGGAACCGUACUCUAUACAAGGUCUUUGCCACUACCGUAUUUCCUCCAGUGAGUAUAACAGUGAAUAUUCCAGACUGUAGAGAGUCCGGUUUCGGUGAAACUAGUUUGAAAGUAGAUGAUAUCUUGAUGAAUACAAGCUUUGCACCUGAGUUGUGUCCUCAAGAAAACGAUCCUUUGAUAGAAGAAAGAGUCUAUGAGUCUUUUCAAGGAACGCAUCGUAUUCGAUUUCGAGGAUAUUUGGAAGAGAACUCCUUGGAACCUUUUUUUCAAGACGAAGCUCCUGCUUCCUUUCUAACUCAGGUCGGACAAGCUCGACCCCAUGUUUUUCGUUCGUAUGAUAGUCCCGGUUUAUAUACUGUUACAGUAUCUGCUGGUGUACACAAAGCCAGAGGACUGGUUAUUGGCGGAGGUGGUGGAGGUGGUGCUGGAGGUUGUUCACUAGUGACCUCGUGUUCCGCUACCCCUGUUGGUGGAGGUGGUGGUGGUGCAGGUGGCACCGCUUUUGGAGACACAACUGUAGCGCCUGGAGAUAAAUUGAAAGUGUAUGUUGGUAAAGGUGGAAGUGGUGGCAACCCAGGCUGUGGAGGAGGAGACGGAACGUUUUCGGGCUUUGUGAGGUUGUCUGGUGGCGGUGGUAGAGGUGGGAACCCUGGCAGUACAAGUGGUCCGGGUAGUGGCGGUACCGGUGGUGGUGCAAGUGGACGUACUGUAAAAGAGGGAGGUUCUGGAAGUAAUGGAGCUGCUUCCCAAGGUGGUUCCGGUGGCAAUCCAUACGAGUACGAGUUGUAUAACAAUGGAGAAGGAGGCAUAGGAGGAAGUUAUUUUGGAGACGUUGGUCAACCUGGCAAAGCUGGUCUGGUUCACGUUAUUUUUGACCCUUCUUCAUCUGUCAUGGAUAUAGAACAUUUUCGGAAAGAGUAUGAAAAACUUGCUCAACGCUGCGGUUUUUUUUCGAUUAUUGCAGGGGGUCUCUCACAUUUAUAUGAGACUCCUGAUGAUUACACUAAAGCCUUCUCCAGUAUAUAGAUGGACAUCGGUGUUGUUUUGUGGUAUAUGGUUUGCUUCUUCCUCAAAAUAUUCGAGUGUUUGUUGUAUGAGAAAGCUUUACGACUGCUAGGACUCUUUUUGUGGAUCUACUCUGGACAGCACAUAACGAGAAUCUUUUAUUGAGGACCUGAAACGAAAGUUUCGUGAAAGAUAUUAUCAUGGUAAAAUAAGCACUUUUUCAUCAGAAAACUGCGAACCCUUUGAGAUUUGGCAUAGUUAUCUAUAUCUUUAAUGAAAUGCUUACCACAUAUUGCUAAUCUGUUUUGCAACUCACAGUUACAAACUGUAUUUUAAAAAGAACUUUUUUUGGCUUUGACUAUGUCAAAUUCAAAAGAAAAUUCCUGCCAUAAAGAACCUAUUUGAAUGAGAAAGUUUGGCUUUUGUAUAUUGAUUAUGCAGUAUUUAUAUCGAGUUGAAAACUACGUUGACAGCACAAGUUAUGUUAUUGUCACUAUGAGAAGGUUUCUAAAUGCAUCCGGCCAUUUUUACGUAAGCUUUGACUACAAUAGAAGAGUUCUUGAGCUUUUUGAAGUAGAAUGAAAGAGCUUCAUUUUAU